GCGCACCGCAGCGAGGAGGUGUCCUUGGCUGUGUCGCUUGAGCCGGGACGCGCCUCCGCGCUCCUUGCUGCCUCCACCCCCACAGCCGCCGCUCUCCUCGCAGUCUGCACACACACCAUGACCAAGAAGGAGAAGAAGUCCUUCAACCAGAGCCUAGCUCAGUGGAAGCUCUUCAUCUACAGCCUGACCACCGGAGAGUUACUGGGGUGCACCGCCAAGAGCUGGGGUUUGAUCUUGCUAUUCUACCUAGUCUUUUAUGGGUUCCUGGCUGCACUCUUCUCAUUCACAAUGUGGGCUAUGCUUCAGACUCUGAACGAUGAAGUUCCAAAAUAUCCUGACCAGAUUCCUAGUCCAGGACUUACGGUUUUUCCAAAACCACUAACUGCAUUGGAAUAUUCAUUCACUGUGUCUGAUCCAGAGUCCUAUCAAGGGUACAUUGAAGACCGUAGGAAGUUUCUAAAACCAUAUGAUUUAGAAGAACAGAAGAAUCUCACAGCCUGUCCUGAUGGAGCACUUUUUGAACAGAAGGGUCCAGUUUAUGGUGCAUGUCAGUUUCUUCUUGCCUUACUUCAAGCAUGCAGUGGUGUGGAUGAUCCAGAGUUUGGCUACUCCAGAGGAAAUCCUUGUGUUCUUGUGAAAAUGAACAGAAUAAUUGGAUUAAAACCUCAAGGAGAACCAAGGAUAGAAUGUACUUCAAAGAGUGAAAACACAGCAGCUCUAUCAACUUAUACUCACAAUGGAGUUAUAGAUUUAAGAUAUUUUCCAUAUUAUGGGAAAAAACUUCAUGUGAGUUAUCUGCAGCCAUUGGUUGCUAUCCAGGUUUCCUUUAAUGCUACCAGCAGUACCGUAAAUGAAGUAACAGUCGAGUGCAAGAUUGAUGGGUCACCCAACCUAAAAAACCAGGAUGAUCGUGACAAGUUUUUAGGACGAGUUGUGUUCAAGGUCACAGCACAUGCAUAGUAGGAGUUAGGAUAUCUCCACAGAGUAUAUGUUGUGUU